AUGGUGAAAGAAAGAGGCGAAGAGUUAAGCGAAGAAGAAAAGAGAGCUUUAAGAGGCAGCAAAUUCGCACCUCUCCCAUCGUUGCCUCCUCGCUCCCAACCCCAACCCAGGUUGGCUCAUCCUGGGGGUCCAUUGACGACGAAUAAAGCAGCGGCCUUGGCGAAAUUUCUAGAAAGGAAAACUGCAGGGAUCAAUGGAUUGGACAACAUCAACCCGCAUCUUGUGGAACGAGAACGCCCAGAACGCCAAACCGUCACCAGUUUUGCCAGUGGGGCAUCUAAUUCUGGAAUAACCAUACGACAUGUUGACUCCUUUGGUGAUUCUGAUUUUGAGGACUCUCUGCAACGAGAAGAAAAUGUGGAAAAUUCUAAGCCCAAGAAGCUGAAGAAAAAAUUAAGAAGAAAAAGAGAGUGA